GAAUGCAGGUAGAGUUCUCAGCAGGCAUGUGAGUUGAACCAGUUACUCAUUUGCUGAGAGUUUUUUUUUUGUUGUUUAUGCAAAAGGGGCCUCUUCCUGCAUAUUUAAUCUAGAGAAAGGCAGUGGCUUUUGUUGUGUUUAGACCACAUGCCUUCAAUCCUUCCGUACGCUGACGCUUGUGUGAGAGCGAGUGCUCAGAGACAGGCUAGCCCCAUUUCUUCAGAGAUCUUUUUUUUUUUUUUGUGUGUGUGCGUGCGUCUUGUUUGCCAAACUUUUCAGCGUCCUUUAUUGUGGAUAUACAGGUACAUGCACACAAACAUACAUCCGAGUCUGGGUCUUCACAUGAAUGGGGUAAGGAGAUUGACCUUUUUUGGGUGGUUGUAACUGAAGAUUGCUUUGCCGAAGCAACUACUUGUCGAAGGUUUUUUUGAGUCAUGAUGCAAGAAUCUGGGACAGAGACGAAAAGUAACGAUUCAGCCGUCCAGAAUGGAGGAGGAACUGGUAACCAUUUACUAGAGAGCACAUUAAGGGACACGAGAGCUAACGGGGAGACACCUUCUCUGGACGUAGGGGCUGCAGAACUAGCACAUUUCCAACAACACCAGGCUCUUCAGGUUGCAAGGCAGCUAUUAAUACACCAGCAACAAGCCAGUGGAGCAAAGUCCCACAAAAGGAAUGACAAACAACCAUCCCUCCAGGUUCCUGUAUCAGUGGCUAUGAUGACACCCCAAGUAAUCACUCCCCAGCAAAUGCAACAAAUCCUCCAACAGCAAGUGCUUACACCCCAACAAUUGCAGGUCCUGCUUCAGCAGCAACAGGCCCUCAUGCUUCAGCAGCAGCAGCUCCAAGAGUUUUAUAAGAAGCAACAAGAACAGCUCCAGAUCCAACUGAUACAGCAACAACAUGCAGGAAAACAGCCUAAAGAGCAGCAGCAAGUGGCCACUCAGCAGCUGGCUUUUCAGCAGCAGCUUCUUCAGAUGCAGCAGCUGCAGCAGCAACACCUCCUCACUUUACAGCGUCAAGGACUCCUGUCUAUCCAGCCGGGGCAGCCAGCCCUCCCGCUGCAGCCGCUAACCCAAGGCAUGAUUCCAACAGAGCUCCAGCAGCUUUGGAAAGAAGUAACGGGCUCGCACACGGCAGACGACGUGGCUUGUAAUAACCAUAGCACUUUGGACCUGUCCACAACCUGCGUCUCAUCGUCCGCUGCACCCAAGCCAUCCUUGCUCAUAAACCCUCAAGCCGCGACCAAUGGACAGGCUUCCAUGCUCACUCCAAAAAGAGAGAGUUUAUCCCACGAGGAAUACGCGCAGAACCAUCCCUUAUAUGGACACGGCGUCUGCAAGUGGCCCGGCUGCGAAGCCGUAUGCGAAGACUUUCCGUCAUUUUUAAAGCAUCUCAACAGCGAGCACGCUCUGGAUGACAGAAGUACAGCCCAGUGUCGCGUCCAGAUGCAGGUGGUUCAGCAAUUAGAACUGCAGCUUUCAAAAGACAAAGAACGGCUUCAAGCCAUGAUGACGCAUUUACAUGUGAAGUCAACAGAACCCAAAGCGAGCCCCCAACCGCUCAACCUAGUAUCUAGUGCUACGCUUUCAAAAAGCACAUCGGAUUCCUCCCCGCAAAGCUUACCUCAUACCCCCACCACGCCUACGACACCACUCACUCCCAUCACCCAAGGACCUUCUGUUAUCACGACGACCAGCAUGCACAGCGUGGGCCCGAUCCGGCGGCGGUACUCCGACAAAUAUAACAUACCCAUCUCUUCAGACAUCGCACAGAAUCAAGAGUUCUACAAAAACGCAGAAGUCAGGCCACCCUUCACAUAUGCAUCUUUAAUUAGACAGGCUAUUCUUGAAUCUCCAGAAAAACAGUUAACGCUAAAUGAAAUCUACAACUGGUUCACCAGAAUGUUUGCCUAUUUCCGGCGGAACGCUGCGACGUGGAAGGGUGCAAUUCGCACCAACCUCUCCCUGCAUAAGUGCUUUAUCAGAGUAGAGGAUGAGUAUGGGUCCUAUUGGACUGUUGAUGAUGAAGAAUUUAAACGUGGCCGCCAUAUUCAGAGAGGCCGUCCUCGAAAACACUGCCCUGAUGAACACUUUGACGAUCUUGUUUCACAUAACCCGUCGCUUAUGAAAAACAUGCAGACCAACCACCCUUACUGCUCACCCCUUAACGCUGCUCUUCAGGCUUCGAUGGCUGAAAACAGUAUACCUCUCUACACUACGGCUUCCAUGGGGAACCCGGCUCUGACUAGCUUAGCCAACGCGAUGAGGGAAGAGCUAAACGGCGUGAUGGAUCACGCAACCAGCAACGGCAGUGACAGCAGCCCGGGGCGCUCCCCGAUGCAAGCAAUGCAUCACGUACAUGUGAAAGAAGAACCACUGGAUCCCGACGAAAACGACGGCCCGCUAUCACUGGUAACAACAGCCAACCACAGUCCCGACUUUGACCCCGACAGAGAUUACGAAGACGAGCCCGUGAACGAAGAAAUGGACUGAAAUACGUCUAGAACCAUUUUCCUGAGAAUGAAGACGGUCCAAGGUCGCCGCGGGGGGGGGGUCUUCCUCCUUCAUUGUACAGACCAGAGGGAACCCUGACCAAUUCUGACAAUUUUGACAUGUGUUAACGCAUAGUGCCAUCAAGUUUCCCUCGUUUGGGGGGGGGACGUUUUUGGUUUUUCUACUCUUUUUUUUUUUUUUUUUUGUUGGAUAAAAAAAAAUACAAAAAAACAAAAACAAAACAAAAGGAAUUUGUACUCUUGUGCGUUGGACGGACUUGUUUGGUACUUGGGAAUUUCCUCUCUUACAGUCGACAUCAGUGUUGUAAAUUUGCGUAGCUGAUUUCCCGUUGUUGACAUGCAGCAGACUUUGGACUGCAGUCCCACCGAAACAGACUUCGAGGACGGCCCGUUAUAAGCAUGUACUUCUAAACUGCAGGUCAUCCCUUCUGCCCAGAUUUUAAGGAUUCCAAUGGACAACGUAUUUGCACAGUACUGCAUGUUAUAAUGAUUAUCACUGCCUUUCAAUCAAUUCUUUUGCUUCCAUUUGAGGCGGGGGAUGACCGUUUUUUUUUUUAUAUAUGUGUACGGGACAGAGGGAGAGGCAGAGGAAGUUUCCCAAACUUAAUGUAUUGCUUUUCGUUCAUCUUGUACUACACCGAAUUUAAGUUCUGACCUCAGGCCUAUACUUCAGGCCCAAGGCCUCUCCGAGGCGUAAUGUUUUCUGUACUUUGUUAUGAAUGUUAAUAGGUCUUUUUUUUUUUUUGUUAUAUGAAGCCAAAUGUCAUCCAUGUGUUUAAACUUUGUCAUUCAUUCCAGUA